AUGAAUACUACACACUGUGCGCUUACAUUUCAGCCUGUGCUGGUUAAUACCACUGAGGACUUCAAUGACUCAAUCCUCCUCAGCAACAGGAGCAGCAAUGGAUUUUGUGAGCAAGUCUUCAUUAAAGCCGAGGUCUUCUUGACGUUAGGGAUCAUCAGUCUGCUGGAAAACAUCCUCGUAAUCCUUGCGGUGCUGAAGAAUGGAAACCUACAUUCCCCCAUGUACUUUUUCCUGUGCAGCUUGGCAGCGGCAGACAUGCUAGUGAGCAUGUCAAAUGCCCUGGAGACUAUCAUGAUUGCAAUCCUGAGCAAUGGCUACUUGAUCAUUGAUGACCACUUUAUUCAGCAUAUGGACAAUGUCUUUGACUCAAUGAUCUGUAUCUCUUUGGUAGCCUCAAUUUGCAAUCUCUUGGUUAUAGCUAUUGACAGGUACAUUACUAUUUUCUACGCUCUUCGUUAUCACAGCAUCAUGACUGUAAAGAAAGCCUUAGCUCUGAUUGUGGUUAUUUGGAUUGCUUGCAUAAUCUGUGGCAUCAUGUUCAUUGUCUACUCGGAAAGCAAAACUGUCAUUGUCUGUCUCAUCACCAUGUUCUUUACCAUGCUUCUUCUCAUGGCCUCCCUUUAUGUUCACAUGUUCUUGUUUGCACGCCUGCAUGUUAAACGGAUCGCAGCCCUCCCAGUGGAUGGGGUUCCUCAUCAGCGGACCUGUAUGAAGGGGGCUGUGACAAUCACUAUAUUACUUGGGGUCUUUAUUGUUUGUUGGGCACCUUUCUUCCUUCAUCUCAUCCUCAUCAUUUCUUGCCCCACAAACCCACACUGUGUUUGCUACACCUCACACUUCAACACAUAUUUGGUCCUGAUUAUGUGCAAUUCAGUCAUCGACCCCCUAAUUUAUGCUUUCCGGAGUCUGGAAAUGAGAAAGACAUUCAAAGAGUUAGUAUGUUGUUGUUAUGGCAUGAGUGUGGGACGGUGCAUUCUGUAA